AAUUUCUCUUCAGUAUACAUUGAAACGCUAAAGAAAAAAUAACUCUGCACAAAAAAACCUACUUUAUAUUUCAAAAUAAACAAACAACGGUAUUUUAGAAAACUAAAAAUAAAACUGUAAAAAAACUUUGUGAAGAAUAAAUUGAAAGUAUUAAAUUCUCAAUAAAGAAAACAAAAAUGUCUUUGGUACCACUACUAAGAGAAUUUGAAGCCCUUAAUGAUGUGGAACAAUUGUUGGAGGAUUCUUUUGGACUCGGAAUACAUCCCAUAGACAUAUUCCGUCCCUAUGAACGUUCAUUGGUAUUACGACAACCUAGACGUCGUUAUAAUCCCUACAUUGUAGCAAAAUUCCAACGUCCCGGACGUGGUAAAUUAGAUGAAUUACAAAAGUCUGAACUACAAGUUCCACAUGUUGGUAAAGAUGGUUUCCAAGUGUGCAUGGAUGUUUCACAAUUCACACCCAAUGAAUUGACCGUCAAAACUGUGGAUCGCACCGUGGUCGUUGAGGGCAAACAUGAGGAACGUGAAGAUGAACAUGGUUUCAUUCAAAGACAUUUCAUACGCAAAUACACACUGCCCAAAGGUUAUGAACCAAAGGAUGUGGUUUCUACCAUAUCAUCGGAUGGUGUUCUUACAGUUAAGGCUCCACCACCACCCAGCAAGACUAAAAACAAAAACGAGCGUAUUGUUGAAAUACAACAGACUGGACCGGCUCAUUUAAGUGUUAAACAACCCGAAGAAGCUAGAAAUCAGGAGAAUUGUGAAGCUGAGAAGAUGGAGACGAAAUAAAUACAAGUUUUUGUCUUCAGUGACUUUAAUUUUAAGACUUAAUAUUUUUACCAAUUAUUUUUUAUACUAAAAAUAAAGUAUUACAACAACUACUGUGUAGUCAUUUAAGUAAAAAACAUAAAAUAAAAAAACAAUUCCUUAAAAGUA